CGCGCCGCACAUUCGCACAAUUUGCUCCAAUCCUCCAGCGGGACACGACUGCACCGUGCACCGUCGAUAAGGCUGUGUUUGUGUUGAGCGGGGGAGAAAGAGGAUGUGGCUUUUGGAUUUCAUGAGAGAGCUCCCAGACAUACAAGUUAAUUAGAAGUAGUACACAGUGGGUUUUUGCUUUUAAAGAACAUAAACGUCACAAAAUGAACAACGUGUAAACCAAAAAUAUUUUUUAACAUGUUAAAACUCCUAAAGAGUUGAUGGCAUAAUUGUUGGGCUGAAAGGAAGAAACAUGCCGUCUGGAGCCGUCCUGUGUAGAGUAAUUUUAAUUAGCAACCUUGUGCUCCUCUGUCCGGCGGUCGCCGAACAGUACAGUGAAGGCCAGCUCCAGCAAAAGGACAGCAGCCUCACGCCACAACAUCUGUACUCUGCCUCAGAUCAGUUGUUGCCAGAUGCCAUUAAAAACAAAGCCGGCAGCGAUGGGUUGCACACGCCGUCCAAAAUCAAGAAAAAGGACAAAGCAGAUCCAAUAGAUGCGCCUUUGAAGAACACUAGUAGUGUAAUCACCAGUUCGCCUGCACCAGCACUACCAGGCAACAGCACCCUGAAUGCUACCUUAUCAAAGGAACAAAACUCCACGUCGGCUGUCACACCUGUUGGCCCUGGAGGCAAAGUCAACCCAGGCUCCUUGCUCCGGGGUUUUUACGUUUUCCUUGGCCUUAGCGUUAUAGUUAUGAUGUAUUUUAUUGUCAGAGCUUUAAGACUGAAUCAAACAAAGGCCAGAGUCCAUAAAUAUGGAGUCAUUUCUGAUAGGGACGACCUAGAAAUGGCGCACCUUGAGGCCGAUGAUGAUGAAAAUGAAGUACUCUUUGAGCUUCCUGUUAAAUAAUAUGAGAUAUUUUGAUUGUCAGAAAAUAUUUUAUACUAAAAAUGUUAUUUGUUAUUGGAAUAUAAGAAUCUUCACUUAAACAAAGAUAAUUAAUUAUUUGUAAUAAAAACUAUCAUUUAACUUCAUAAGAAUGUAUUUUGUGAAAUGUAAGUUAAGAAAUGAUUAAAACUUAAAUAACUACGUUUUCAAAUAAGAAUAA